AUAUAGCCUCGUAAGCAGACGUUAACGUUUUUUUGUACUUUUCUCGUUUGUUACACUUGCUGUAAUACUGGUGUCUACGAGUGAUCUGUGUGGAGACCAUGUGGGUAACAGCGUGUAACUGAAAACAACCAAUGUAAUGUAAAUGGAUAACUACAGUUACAGGCUUUGUAUUGGUGAGAAAGUCAUUGAGGUAUAGUGCUGAAGAAAUACCUCUUCAUCAUGCCCUCGCUUCAGCAUGUCGGAUGAGAAAUGAAAGUUAAUUGGAAAAAUAACUUCAUUUAAGUUGAAAAUGGCUGAGUAUGUAACAAAUUUGGAUCCUUCCACACUUGCCACUGUGAAAGAAGAGCUUGCCAAGAGAGAAUUACAGCAGAAGCGACAUUACUUUCUGCUCAGUGAACUACAAAGCAUGGCCCGAGAACUGCCAGGAAAAUACCAGCAGCGCAUGUCUUAUGACUUGUUGUCAAGUUUGGCCAGUGCUGUUCUGGAUGGCACUGUGUUUGAAAUAGUGCAGAGCUUACAGGAAGUACAGCAGUUGGAAGAGAAGAGUCUGUUUAGUCAAAGGACCAAGCUAAUCAAUGAACAUAAAGCCCAAAGACUGGAGAUGAAAAAGAGGCAUAGGGAAGCUGUUCAGGAUAUUCAGUUUCAAAACAAGGCUCAUAAUCUAUUAUUUGUGAAGGAACAAAAUGAACGAGAAUGGGAGGUGAUGGAGAAGAGGUGCGAUGAUGAAAUCAAACGUAAAGACAUGAAGAUAAUCUUAGAGUUGGAUGGCAAAGUGAUGGAGCAGCAGUCUACUUUAGAGAAGGCAGGAGUGCCGGGAUUCUUUGUCACUAAUAAACCUCAUGAGAUUAGACUACAGAUGUAUCUUCUGGACUUCUUAUAUAAACUCAGCAAGACAGACGUGUCUGUGACAUGAUAUUGCCUGAAAUUCAUUCUGAUAUGUGAUCCAGGUACAUUGAAUGAGAACGAUUUGUCCAGAUGUGAGUGAACUUUGUGCUGACGAAAGGAUUAUAUAUAUUUUGUCAAAUAUUUGUUUCAAAAUGAAAUGCCAAUAGCAUUGUGACCAGUAUCUCCAACUACAGUCAUACGUCAUGGACAUUAAUGACAAGUGAUUGUGAGGAUAUAUCGGAUAUUUCUGAAUCAGUAAUUGUGACCAAGUGAAGAUAUCAUAGGUCAGUUCAGGGAAUCAGUCAUGUUUUUGGAUUAUUUAUUGUAUGUAGUGUGUAUUUACAUGUGGUACGUGAUUUGUUUUGUGUAUUGUCACAGUGACUAGUUGAAGAUGUGACGUCUGUCCUCUUGGUUCCUUCUCUGUUAGCCAACAUGUGCUUUUGAAAAAUUCUAUUUAUUUAAUUUUAAUUUAUUUAAAAUUCUAUUGUAUUUAUCAGUUUACCGCCAGUUUUUCUCCAGUAUAGACGUUUGAGUUUAUGAGUCAAUGUUCAUGAUAACGGAUGCCUUGUCAGGACAUUUACCUGAUGUUCGGAGCCCUGGGUUUGAUUCAGGGGCUACACGGAGGCGGUUGUAAACAUGGAUUUUGAGUAUAUUGAAAACCAUGAUUGGUACCAUGGAAUAAAUAGAGUUCAUCCACGGACAGUGUCUAGCUUGUUUUGAAUUAAGUCCCGUUUAAUUAUGUCCUUCCAAAUACUGACAUAGGUGUGAUUAUGGCUUCACAGGAAGUACAGUAACUUGUCGAUUUGCGAGUGUGUUAGAAAGUUUCAGUUGUCUUUUUGUCACUGUAAAAUAGUUACUUAGUGUAUACAAGCCUAGCUCCAGUAAUGCACAGUGGGUAGGUUUGGUUCUUUCAGGUUCUUUCCCCAGAAAGCCAGAUGGGUGAGGGAUCAGCUUCUCCGACAUCUAUAUACAUUCCACGGGCCGACGAGAAUUUAGUCACAUGCCGGUGACGUGUCUGGCCAUGAAAAUCCAAUAGUGAGAAUUAGUGGACUGUAUACAUACGACUAAGUUAUUCUUAUAGCCUAACAAUUCUUUGACCUUUGAUCUAUGUCUUACACUGUCACAUGGAUUUAGUCUCUGGAACUAAAAAUAAAAGUUAAACUACAAAGUAGUUUCUAAAAACUACAAACACCUUGGCCCAAACAUUCCGACAGAGAUUUUUUAAUCGUAUGCUGUACGCUGCGACUAAAAUUUGUCGACCA